CACAGCUCCUGCUGCUUGCAUACUGUACACUGGAGUUUUGUCAAAGCGAGGAUGUCAGGAAGCUCCGGGAACGGGAAGUUACGUCAGUGGCUGAUCGAGCAGGUGGACACUGGGAAAUAUCCCGGCUUAGUUUGGGAGGAUCGAGAGCGGACCGUCUUCCACAUCCCGUGGAAACACGCAGGGAAGCAGGACUACAACAGAGACGAGGACGCCGCGCUCUUCAAGGCCUGGGCUCUGUUUAAGGGCAAGUAUCGCGAGGGAAUAGAUAAACCGGAUCCUCCCACCUGGAAAACCCGGCUCAGGUGUGCCUUGAACAAGAGCAGCGACUUCGAGGAGCUCGUGGGCCGAAGUCAGCUAGACGUGUCUGAACCGUUUAAAGUUUACCGCGUUAUUCCUGAGGGAACCAAAAGAGCACCAAAAUCAUAUGAGAAAGUUUCCACAAGCUCGGGUCUCCAUAACUACCCGUUUUAUCCUUCAUAUGAACCUGUGGAGGGUCAGGUGUGUAACUUCCUGUCUGCUGCUGACAGGAGCUGGAGGGACUUCCUGUGUGAGCAGAACUCACUGUCUGACGUCCACUUCAGCCAGAACUCCCGCUGGGACGCCGGUUACCAGAUAAGUGGCUCUUUCUACAGCUGUAACACGUUUGACUCGCCUCCCUUUCCGUUCACUCUGGACGCCAGCAUGAGAUCAGCCGAGGCCAUGGCACUGUCAGACACCCGUCUGCAGGUGACGGUGUUCAGCGGUGAGACUCUGGUCACAGACGUCACCGUCACGAGCGCCGAGGGCUGUCGACUGGCUCCGCAGGAUGACAACUGGACCUACAGCGGGCCGAGUGGCUCGGAGCUGGUUCCUCUCCCUCAGGCUGAGAUGGGAGCACUGGAGGGGGGCGUCUUGCUCUGGAUGAUGCCCGACGGCCUGUACGCCCGACGCUUCUGUCAGUGCAGGGUCUACUGCGACGGGCUGCACGCUAACCGGAGCGCCAAACUCUGUAAACUAGAGCGAGAGCAGACCAGCAAACUACUGGACACACAGCUCUUCCUGACAGAGCUCCAGGGUUAUUUCCUGCAUGCUCGUCCUCCUCCGCAUUUCCACGUGCAGCUGUUUUUUGAGUGCUGUGACCCCUCUGCAGACAAGAGACCCCUGAUUGUCCAGGUGGAGCCGCUGUUUGCCCGUCAGCUGCUGCUCCUCCUCCAGCAGGGCGGCAUGAACUACAUGAGGAGCACCCAUGAACUUUCACCUCUGAUCCCUGAGCAGGUUUACCCCGCCCACCAAGAUUAUCCUGUUGUCAGCGGACAUCAGAUGCACGGCAACUUCGUACAAGAAUGACCCCAAAAGAGUUACAAGACAUUAAGACACCAAUUUUUAAAAUACAGUUGAUAAUAUUAAUAACCCCAGAUCUAUGUAUAGGCUGUUUACUGUUGCCAAGCCACGUAGCUACUUAAUGCAU